AUGGCUCUUCAGGUCGCCGAAGGCAGCAAAGCCAGCGGAGGUGAAGCGACCUUCAUUCAAGCCGAUGUCUCAAGCCAAGAAGCUGUUAGAAAGCUCCACCAAGAGGCUGUUGUUAUCUACGGAGGGCUUGAUGCUGCUGUAAACAAUGCUGGAAUAUUCACAGACUCUGCUCGAAUCGGCGACUGCUCAACUGAGAAGUUCAACGACAUGAUGGAUGUCAAUGUCUUUGGGCUAUUCUGGUGCAUGCAAGAGCAGAUUCGUAUCAUGCUCACACAGAAAAGCGGCCACAUGGUCAAUCUUGCAUCUAUCGCUGGCUUACAUGGCAUCCCAUAUUGACCAUCGAAGUUUUGGGGCUCAGAACACAGCUCAAUACAGUCAGGAGAUCAUGGAAAGUUCGACCUGGAUUUUGAGGAGUCAGCAGCGAUGAGGGUGUCUCACUUAGGUGAAUAUCGAGCGUGGAAGGUGCAUUGGAAGACCUUGUGAGUGUCCGGACGACGCGGGAGUUAGCCAUACUCUUUUCCCUGUGGCCAACGGAGUAAUUUGCAAGUUUCCUCUGGGAUGGCUACCACCGUCCUCUCCAGCUACGUGACAGCCGAUCGCGACAGUCAUCAUUGACAAGCAAGCAUCCGACCUCCGAGAUAAUUGAGUGACCGUGGACCGAUGAAUCAG